AUGACGUCCAGAAUGAUCCCCGCGACAAAGGAGGACGUCGCCCAGCUCCACACCCUCCUCUUGAGGCCCAAGCACGGCCGAGAGAUGGGCCAGCAUCUCACGCUGUACGCUGCCCACCCCAUUCCAGAGGAGAACGACCGCGGCGGCCGCAACGCGAACAACUGGCAGAUGGUUGUACAGGGAACUGUACAGGAAGGUUGGGUCAACGCCCUCGGAAACCUCCAUGGCGCAGCAGCGGCCUGGCUUGUUGACCAGUUGACGUCGGCUGCGCUCUCCCGCCUCGCGACACCCACGUUCUGGGGCCCGCCGAUGUUGGGCGGCGUGUCGAUCCAGCUCGAUAUGACGUACUACAACCCUGCGCCUACUGGCACCAAGGUCAGGAUCGUGGUAACGGUCGAGCGGAUGGCGCGGACGCUGGCGAAUACACGUUGUGAUAUCCUCGAAUGGGACACGGGGAAGCGUCUGGCAUCGGGGACACAUGCCAAGGCGUGGCGGCCCGCCAAGAUGUGA